AUGUCCGCCGCUGGUCAUUUCAAAGAAACAUUAUCGCCACUGAUAGUUGUGUUUUCCGCCAGUGUCAUGACCGUGUUCUACACGCUGCCGACGAUCCUCUUCAUUGCCUUUGUGUACUUUGGCGAUGUUUCAAAGAUUUGCUUGAUGAUUGCCAUUUUGGCAGUCUUUGCUUGCAAAAUGGCGGCGGAGCUGUUUGCUUCCAGCCCAAUCGCCUUGCAUUUGAAGUGGACCAUCGCCCCGCUUCUGUUCUUUGCGAUUUCUUUGUGCCACGUGUGGCGAUUCCUGUGCUGUGCGGCCAUCCUGUUCCUGAUGAAGCUGGGCUUAGCGAAGCUCAGUGAAAACUUCAAGUCUCCACGACCGCCGCCGGGUGACUCAUUGAGAGUUCUUUGUCUCGGGGAUAGCUUUUAUCCAUAUAUGGACGGCGUGCAGACCUUCACUACGAACACAAUCCAACAGUUGAAGGCCAUGGGACAUGAGGUUCACGUUUUUACUUCCGUGGCUGGCCCGGACAAGCUGUUCGGUGUUGAUGUGACACGCGGAGCUGGCAUGGGUGGGAAUUAUCCCGGUCAUUCGCUCACGCUUCCGAGUCCAGCGCUGUUUCGAGCUUUGACUUUCCGCCCGCACUUGGUCCACCUGUUUGACACGUGCCCAAUAGCUUUGCUUACAAGUUUUGUGUUGUGGUUGUUGGACAUUCCGUAUGUCUGGUCCCAUCACACACGGAUUGACCACUAUGUGCAAUUCUGUCCUCAACCAGCGCCCUUGAUCGGGAUAUCCGUGCUCCGGGCCUUCGGCACACUCAUGUGCAACUUGUGCAGCACUCACAUGAUGGUCGAUGACGCGAUGAGGAAUGAGACGCCUUGGUUACAGAGCGUGGACGACAAUUGCAAAUUUUUCUGGAAGUCAGGUUGCGACGUCAACAACUUCACACCAGAAGCAAGGUCAGAAGCGACGCGGCAGAUGAUCAGUGGUGGACGACCUGACUUGCCAGUAGUGGCUUUUGUUGGGCGCAUGGCAUAUGAGAAGAACAUCAAGUUGCUUCCGGAUUUGAUUAAGAAGUUCUCAGAUGCAGGCUUGGAAAACAAAUGUCGGUGGGUCAUUGUUGGCAGUGGUCCAGCAGACAGCGACAUUAAGAGUCAGUUGGAAGGCUUCGACAACGUGGUUUUCACAGGUCGUUUGGGCAAGGAAGAACUUGCCAAAGUCUAUGCCUCUUCUGACAUACUCUUCAACCCAACGGUCACAGGAGGUUGUGAUCUGGUUCUCUUAGAGGCGCAAGCUGCAGGCCUUGCAGUAGUGGCGCCUCGAUUACCAGUGAUCUCCAUAGUGGUGGGUGAUGGAGUGCGCGGUAAGCUUUACGAGCCUUUGAACAUGGAAGACGCAAAGAGGGCUGUGUUGGAGUGUAUCUCCGAUCUUGAAAGAUUGAAAGCACCCACGCGAGCACAUGCAGAGGCAGAGUUCGCGUGGGAUCGCGUCGUGGCAGAUGCGGUGAAGAUGUACCGCAAAGCUCUGACUGCACCGACACGGUAUUGA